AUGGCCUCUGGCCAACCUUUCGCCUCGCGCUCAUACGCCGGGACCAAACUUCCAGAUCGCUCUACCAACGCAAACGCCAUGCCCUUCAGCGCCUCUUCGUUCUCCAGGCACCGUCCCUUGGGAGGCACUGGUCCGGCCGAUUACCCUGGCGUUGAAGCCGCGGCACAGUCUCAUGGACCGGCGCAGGAUGCGAACCCGUUGAACCGCUUAACGGAGGAGCAGAGAGAGGAGAUCAACGAAGCUUUCACUCUCUUUGACCUUGACCGUGAUCGUCAUCUCGACUACCACGAGCUCCGCGUCGCCUUCCGAGCCCUGGGCUUCACCCUCUCAAAACAAGAACUUAUUUCCCUCCUCACAACGUACGGUGUGCCACGCCCACAAGUCCAACAACAACAACAAAACAACGCCAACCCGCAAGCGCCGAAGGGCAACGCAGGCGCAAACCCACAACACCCCUCCAACCUCCUCAUGCCCCUCUCCUCCUUUCAAGCCGUGACAGCGCUGAAGAUUCUCGAGCGGGACCCGCGCGACGAGAUCCUGCGCGCGUUCGAGCUGUUUGAUGAGGGACAGAAGGGAUUUAUUGACCUCGAAGAUUUGCGGCGCGUGGCGAGGGAGCUUGGUGAGACUGGGCUUGAGGAGGAGGAGCUAAGGGCCAUGAUUGAGGAGUUUGAUUUGGAGGGUGCUGGUGGUGUUACCCGGGAAGCAUUUGUUGGCAUUUGUUGGCAGUAG